AUGGAGCAAGAACAGUCGACGCAUCCAAAGACCGUCUACUUUUACCCUGAUGGCAGCAGCCACGGCGAGGGCGUGAGGGUCGUUAUCCAAUCAAAUCGUUUCCGCAACAUUGAGGCACUGUUGGAAUUUCUCACCGAACGACUUCCCGAGAUACCCUAUGGUGUGAGGUCGAUUUUUUCGCCCCGCGGUCGAACUCGCGUCCAGACGAUCACUGAACUCAACAACGGCGGGCACUACAUUGCCUCGGAUCGCCGCCAACGCGCCAAAGGCAUCCGGUUGGAGGAACGAUCGAUCCUGCUGCCUGGCUGGCGAGCCGGUCGGCCGCCAAGCGGUCAGAAGCUGCUCAGCUACAGUCUCAAACUCGGAGCCGAGUCGGCCACGGUUGUGCCGUGUCACAGCCAACCAAGGUCCAGGCGGCAAACCGGGAAAGUCAUCUAUGUGCACCAAAAUGGCGACGCAUUCCAUCGACACCGGGUGCUGCUUGAGCGACGCGUGAGAGACAACAUUGGCUUCGUGCUUCAGGAACUCAGCCUUCAGCUCUGUCAGCCCGUUCACAAGCUGUACACACUCGAAGGCCAUGAGGUGCAGACGAUCGACGAGAUAUUCGAGGGACCAGAAGAGUACGUGGCAGUGGGUCUGGAGAAGUUUCGGCCCCUUUCCAAGGUCCAAGUGGACCUCUCUUCAAAACGCCACCGUCCGCCUGAACGCGCCUGUGUCCACCACGGCCCGCGGACCCUGCGCCAUCGUUCAGCCCGUGCUGGCGCACAGCGAGACGUCCACUCUGGCGACGAGAAGGAACCGCACAAGCCGGCUGCUGAAACCCCGGAAGGCGACCCCAACUGCUCUGCUUCGAAGAGAGCAGAAGACGACGGGGACAGACGAGGGGCGAGCACGAAGGCUGGCAGCGGUCUGCGGGCAAGCAGGUCGAUGGUUCAAUUGCCUGACAAACAAUCCAAACGACGUGUUCCCGGUGGAAAUCACUGGCUGGUGAGGAUCACGACGGGACGCAGGGAGAGCAGGACGCGAGUCGAGUACGUCUACGCGUGCACCGCAAACGUCUUCUUGACGGUGCAAGGCACAAACGGCACCAGCGCGCCCCUCCUCCUCGCGAUGUACCACAACCGCGGCUUCCGUGGAAGCAGUUUCCACGACAUCGCCGAGGCAAGGGUGGCGGCUUCGAGGAGUGCGCCGGUGAAUCGCUCCGAGAAACCGCUCUUCUCGCCCGGCUGCACUGACGAGUUUGAGGUGAACCUCGGGCAUAUUGGCGAGAUUGUGAAGGUGCGUCUUAGUCAUGACAACAGCGGUGACCACCCCGACCUCCUGAUCUCCCACCUUCGAAUGAUCCGCCUCGACUCCAUUCGUUCGCAGAACCGGACGCACAAGGAGGACAGGCCGGGGAACGGAGAGCUCACCUCGUCUGCCUCGUUCAACGGCCUUCACGCCGACUUGCCGCUCACAGACCUAACCUUCUACUUCAGCUCGUGGCUCUCUCGAAACCUCGGAGAUCGCGAGGUGACCAAGGAGGUGGCUUCGCGGGCCUCGCUGGGAUUGGUUCUGAUGGAGCAGAGGCGCCAGCAGGAGCUUCACAGACGGUCACAGAUGAUCGCGCCUGUUCAGGCCGCCCUGGAGGAGCCCAAGUUUGUCCUGGAAGAAAAACAGCCCCUUCCGAAUGUCCAGUACUGCCUACGGGUGAAAACUGGGAGCCAGUGGAACUCUGGAACAAAGGCAGACGUCACCGUGGUUCUGAGUGGUGAAUUCGGCGCCUCUGGUCCGCGUCAGUUGUGGCAUGGAGAGUCGGCGAAAACCCAACCAUUUCGUCAAGAUCAAGUUGACGAAUUCCGGUUGCAAUGCGUCACCCUAGGACGGUUAUCUUCGCUUCGCGUUUGGCUGGAACAGUCGAGUGCGAAGAUCUCGGACACCUGGUACUUGGAAUGGAUCCAGGUGAUUGAAGAGGACGCACCUCACACCACCACCCUUUCUCCGCCUUCCACGUCAGUGGUGCGUCAGCCGCCGACUCUGUUCUACUGUGGGCAGUGGCUAGAAUCGGACUUAAGCACUAAUGACGUUGAGCUGACCCCAUCGGUCCAACCCAUCGAAAGACUGCUUGGCCUUAACGAGGAAAGUGACUUCGGAUUUCCAGAAAAGAUAGCCAAAUUGUGGAAUUCAAUGGCCUGGAAGUUCAAACAUGGAAUGGAAAUUUCGUUUUACUCUCUCGAGACUGGAGAGCCAUUCAGGGUGCUGGAAAGCGGUGAAAUUUGUUUGGCGAAGUCGAAAGGAGGUGCUUCGAAUGGUAAGUUCAACUUUGCACGUUUAGCACUGAAGCGCAAACUCCAAAUGCAGUUCAAUUAG